AUGGUCGAAAAAUUCACGCCGGCCUGUUCCCACGCAGAUGAUUUUCUCCAGUACGAUGCAACCUUCACACGCUUGACUGUUUCUAUUGGUGCAGCAUAUGGAACGGCCAAAGCAGGUAUCGGGAUAACUGGGCUAGGCAUCAUGAAACCAGACGCCGUAAUGAAAUCCCUUAUUCCCGUGGUCAUGGCCGGAAUCAUUGCGGUUUACGGAUUAGUCGUCUCAGUUCUCAUCAUCGGCGGCAUGGAUGCCCGCAAACCGUAUUCACUCUUCGCCGGGUUCAUUCAUCUGGCUGCGGGUUUGUCGUGCGGGAUGACCGGACUGGCGGCCGGCCACGCCAUCGGCCUCAUCGGUGACGCAGUAAGCUCCUAA